CAUAGUGAUAACCCCUAUCCAUGUUGUAUACGUCAUCCCUGCCGCGUGACCGCAUCAUAUCCCAGCAUGCAUCACGUCGAUGCCACGCUUUUUUCCGCCCAGCACAUUUUCCGAAAGGCGUUCGUGCAACAGUUCAUUGAUAAUAAUAUUGUUCAUUCAUAUCUUUGUAUUUUUAACCUUUCGUGACCUUUGAAUCUUUCUUUUGUGGUCAUGGCGAACAGUCCCCCUAUGCCUAGCUUUGUAAAGGAGUUGUUUGCUUUGAAGAAACCACAGCUGUCUAACGUCGAUGGUGGGGAAUCUAAAAGUAAAGCCAAAACGUGGUGUUUGGUUUAUUGGAUUGACGACAAAAAAAUCAGUAUAGAAAACGUAGCAAGCGUAAGUGAAGAUUCGAGAAAGGAGGGAACCAUUUCUGCCAUUCGAUUCAAGGAUGGCAGGAAAUAUCCUGGGAAAGUCCUCCGGAUCAGUGACGAUAAGAAAGAGCUGCAGAAUGAGCAGGAAAAAUUUCUGCGCUCAAUGGAAGAGUGCUCCCAAGAGGCUGCUGGUGGAUGUGCAACGAUGGAGGACACAUCAACCAAGGCCAAACGCAUCAAGAAGAAACCAGUUUUGAUGGCAGAGUUCACCACCAUUCAAGAUGAUGAAGAAGCCAUGGACCUCGAUGAGGAAGAUGAUGAGGAAGAUGGUGAAGAUACUGGGCAGCCUCAACCGACAAAGGCCAAGAACAUAACAAAGACUACUCUCAAAGGGAAGUCUACAUUGGGGGUGAAGACAAAGAAGACAGACACAACAAAGAGUACAACAAAAGCAGCAAAGCUUCAGACGACGCUGGACAAGUUGGCUGUUCAGAAAGCUUUGUGCAAGGAAAUGCUCACCGUUAAGCCACCAGUUGCUGAGAUGAACCCUGGUUCGAGCAUGGGGGAAGAAGGGGUAAUUUUAAAUCUGAAACGGCAGCUGGCAGAAAGGGAUAGUAAAAUCAGCCAGUUAAAGGACCAGCUUAAGCAACAAGAUGAGGAAAUUCUCCUGUUGCGCCAAAGAUCUGUGUCAGACCUUCCCUUCAGUGUUGCUAUCACCCCCAAAAAAAUCAAGCUAAUGCAAGAGGUAACCUCAGUUCUCCAAUCGUGUCAAUCCACAAGGCCAGCGCCAUCCAAAAGCCUGCCAGCAGCCCAACCCACAAGCCAGCCACCAAAGGCCACUUUGACAUCCACCUUGCCGUCCCCCUUGCCAUCCACCAGCAGUCAGCCACCAAAACAAGUGUUUCAAACGAAACUCCAGCUUCCAACAGCAACGACCACCGGCCAAGACAUUCAUACAGCUCCACCAACUGAAGACACCUCUAUGACCCCAACAUCUGAUGAGACAUUAACCCCAUUGUAUCCAGGAGGGAUACCCCUUUUGACUGAGCAGGACAGGAGAGCGGCUCUCGCCAAGGGUAAAUGUAAGGAGACACUGCUGUACGCUCUGCUUUUAGCAGUCUUUGGUGAGAGCCGGCUCGCACAAGGAAAUGCCUGUGGGUCGAGACAGGCUGUCAAUAGGAAGACUGCCACACCGAAUGUCCCACUAGAUGCAAGGAAGUUGCAUGAAAUUAAAGAGUGCGUACUUCGACGAUAUAGGCUUCCAAGUGGCCAACCUUGUAUGAGUGCCAAGGAAUUCAACGAUAAAAUAAAUCAAAAAUGUGCAACAUCUAGACGAGCACUACAGAGGAAAGCAUCGUCUGCACAGUAAAGGGACCAUGAAAGGUACCAGGGUACCGCAUACCCAACCAAGUAUUUCAUCAGGGAAACCCAACUAAAAAUUUUAAACAUUAAUCUUAUUGUCCAAAGGGAAUUGAUUGUUAGUCUCUGGUCUCAUGAAAAUUGAAAAAGUAACCCAAUAUGCAAUUUUAUAUUUUUUAGUUUUUACAUUUUUGAGGCCCAAGCCUGCCUGAGGCAAAGCCGGGAAUUCGUACCCAUAAAAAGUAGCGAUCACUUUUUAAUAAGUUUUGGCGAAGCACGCUGAAAUGAAACAAGGUCCUCGGAAUGUUUUUUACAUGAUGUUUAUGUUUGUUUGUUUGAAAUCUGGUAAAUUUUUUUUUUUUUUUUUUUUUAGGGAGGGGGCAUAUCGGCCGUAAUUUGCUUUGCACACAAAUUUGGGACUCUAACAAGUUGCACUCAAACUCAAAUUUGUUUCCUGUUUUUUGAUCAUCACCCAUUCUCAUGCCUGCAUUUAUCUGUAACCUCAACAAAUGAUAAUGUUCUGUUUUUUGCACAUUUGACCAAAACUGUGCAGGUAAUUUAAGAUUUGAAUAUUUUACAAUAAUCUCAUCAUAAGCCUGUUGGGAUAUGGAUUUUUUAUUUUUACCAUUUCAAGUUGUCUUCUUGUUCUAGCUCACUGACCCUUAGCGGUAAAAAUAUUUAGGUUUUUCUAUGGGGUGAAUUUCCCUUUGAAACAAUUUUUGUGUCAAGUGUGUGUGUAAUAUUUCCUAAG